AUGAGAGUUGAAGAAAAUCUACCCCUUGAUGAUAGGCUACCUGAAGAAACAGUUUAUGCAGCUGAAGCUAGCAAUAAGCAUGGACAACUAGGCCAUCACAGGCCAGGAACAAAGAUCUCAUCAUCAAACACACCAUGGUUUCGCCACAUAGCAAACUUCCUUGCAGCUGAAUACCCACCACCAAACUUCUUUGGCUACAGAAAGAAGAAGUUUCUGCGUGAUGUAAGAAGGUACUACUGGGAUGAACCUUACUUAUACAAGAAAUGUUCAGAUGGAAUGUUUAGAAGAUGCAUACCAGAGGAAGAGGUAGAAGGAAUAUUGUUUGCUUGUCAUAGUUCUAGCUAUGCAGGGCACUUUGCCACUUACAAGACAGUAUCCAAGGUCCUACAAGCUGGAUUUUGGUGGCCAACUAUGUUUAAGGAUGCUCAUGCAUUCAUAUCAAGAUGUGAUGCUUGCCAAAGAAUGGGAAAUAUAAGCAAGAGGAAUGAGAUGCCACAGAACUUUAUACUAGAAGUUGAAGUUUUUGAUGUUUGGGGCAUUGACUUUAUGGGACCCUUCCCAACCUCUUUUGGUGACCAAUACAUUCUAGUGGCAGUUGAUUAUGUCUCCAAAUGGGUGGAAGCCAUCGCCAGCCCUACUAAUGACGCACAAGUGGUCAUCAAGAUGUUUAAAUCCAUCAUUUUUCCAAGGUUUGGAGUGCCUAGGAUAGUCAUAAGUGAUGGAGGUUCACAUUUCAUCAACAGAAUCUUUGCCAACCUUUUGAAGAAGCAUGGAGUCACUCACAAAGUUGCCUCUCCUUACCACCCCCAAACUAGUGGACAAGUUGAGAUCUCAAACAGAGAACUCAAGAGCAUACUUCAGAAGACAACAGGCAAGACAAGAAAGGAUUGGAGUGCCAAACUAGAUGAUGCUCUAUGGGCAUACCGCACUGCCUUCAAAACACCACUUGCUUGGGCUAUUAAGGAGUUGAACUUCAACCUAAAGACAGCAGGAGAAAGAAGAUUGAUUCAGCUGAAUGAGCUUGAUGAGAUUAGGCAUCUGGCUUAUGAGAAUUCAAAGAUCUAUAAGGAGAGAACCAAAGCUUUCCAUGACCGCAAGAUCAUCCCAAAGAACUUUGCGCCAAACGACCAAGUUCUACUAUUCAACUCAAGGUUGAAACUCUUUCCAGGAAAGCUUCGCUCAAGAUGGUCAGGACCAUUCAGGAUUAAAGAAGUUCGCCCCUAUGGAGCAGUGGUACUAUGGGACCCAAUGGGAGGAGACUUUACAGUCAAUGGACAAAGGUUAAAACCCUACCUAGCCUCCACCACCAUACCACAGGAGACCACACUGCUCUUGGCGAUCCACCAGAUCCUUAAGGAAGUGCCAUACAGUCAAGCUAAUGACUUUAAACAAAGCGCUGAAUGGGAGGCAACCCAUUGA